CAACCAGGUUCAAAUGCAAAUUUAAUAACAUCAAUACAACGUCGUGGUUAUUUAUCAUUAACAACAAAUACAAAAGAUUUAUUUAUGCUUGAUAUUGAUGGUACUAUUGAACAAUGA